UUGGAUUUAUUUCGCACUCGUUCUGAAAAUUCCGGAAGACCGGCUGCAUUCUCGUUCCGGGAGGUUCUUCUAGCGAAAAAAGACGUCGAAUACAUAACACAACGCCUCGUGCAGUUAGCAAAAGAACAAGGGUCGAGCGAUAAUAUUACGGUAAUAGUAGUGUUUCUUCGCGACCUGAAAAAGAUUGCCGCGGAAGCCCACUGGGCAAACCGCAACGGCUCUUCUAUCAUGGAUGCCAGCCUGAAUAACGUCAACGACACCAACAAUCCGUUUGCUACUACCAAUGGGGCGGAAUUUCUUGCUCAGAAAAACGCAAGUGACACUUCUAUACUGUCACAGAAUCCUUUCGCUUUAAAUCUGGGAGACAAUUUCGCAAACAAAUGUAACGACAAUAAAACUGAAGACCUUUCGUCAUCAAAGGAUUUUUUUUCAAACGGAAAGCGGCAUGCGACUGACGAAUUUGACGACGACGAAGAUUACGGUCCUGAAACGGACGUCGAUACCGUUGACGACUCCAUUCUAUCUCCAACGUCUCCUAAAGCUUUCACUGACGGGCCAACAAAUAAUAAUAUCACGUUUACAGACAAAUCAGUAUUUAACGAUAACUUCAUGGAUCAGUUUCUAAAGAAAGACAAGGAGGAAGAAAAGAAGGAAUCAGAGAAGGAAGAAGAAAUAGAAAAGGGAACUGAAGAGUCGUCAGGUUUUCUUUUCGGUCUUCCCCAGCAAAAAGCUGACGAACAGGAUUCCAACAAAUUGGAAACAGAUGACGUAGAAGACGUACCAGUAGUUACUGCAAGGGACGAAACUCCCACACCUCCAGCAGAAUCAGUUCAAGAAACUAGCGCCCUAGUUGAUAAUGUAGCUGAUAGUGGAGAAGAGUCAGAAGACGAAUGGAAUUAUUUUAAGGGCGACGUAGCUGAGAAGAAGGAUAUAAAAUCAUCUCAAGCAGACGAAGAAUUGAUUGCUGACUCCAACAUUGAUAGCGACACAAUGUCUCAAUUAAAUCCCAAUGCCGCUGAAUUCGUUCCGGUUUCGCCAAAGAGAAAUAUUGCCUCACCUCAGUUCCAAAAUCUUAUUAAUGACCCGAUCAUUGCGCAAUCCCCAAAGAAAACUGCCCAACCUGAAGCUGACAUUAAGGUACCCAAUAUUCAAGAUUUUGAAAAGGAAAUUAAAUCGAGACCAAGUGAUCUAGCUACAAAUGGUCAUGAAGAUGAUGACAGCAACAAGCUAACAUCGCAACAGAUAAUGGAAAACUUCUUAAAUGGGAAGAGUAUUGAUGAAAUAGAAUUUCAGCCUAGCACUCCAAAGAAAACAUUUAGUCCUGAUGAAUUUCAUUUUGGGACCAACACAACACCUUUUACACCUAGUCGAUUACUUGAUCAAUCUGAAGCAUUAUCUACAAAAGCAAAUUUUGGCGACGAAACAUCAGCUAGUUAUAUGGACGACAAGGAUCUUGAAUGCACACCAAUUGUUGAAAAAGUCAGUAAUGUAUCUCGUAAAAUAGGAGAGGAUUUCGAUGUUGAUGAAUUAAAUAAAGUUCAUGUGUUGCCAGAAAACAUUGACGAUUAUUUGGUAGAGGUCAACGGCACUAAUACCACAUUCAAUGAUACAAUUUCUGACCUCCCAGAUCAUGAUCCUUUGGCCGGAGAAAAAUCAAAUACUCCUAUCACCACUGAUUUAGACACUUGUUUGGAUAAUGUUGCCGUAGAGGAAACUCAGGAAAAUAAAGAAAAGACAUUAGAAUCUCAACUUCCCAAUUAUUCUGAAGAGUCUGAUUCAAAACCAAACAUUCAAGAACAAGUGUGGGCAAGUAUUUCCAAGGAACUUGAACAGAAUGUACCUGAUUCAGACCCAUUUAAAUAUGAAGAUGAUGCUAUUUUACAGUCUUCAAUAAAAGAGGAAUAUCAAUUAAAUGAGACUAAUGAAACUACUGUUCAGUUAGAACAUGAGAGUCAAACAGGAAGUUUACUUAAUUCGAAUCUAGUUUGUACUAUUUCAUCAGCACAGUCCCCUGCUUUUGAAGCACUUUCAUCACCAGAACUUCAAGAAUCUGAAAUUCCAAAUGCAUCAUUAACUCAACAGGAUCAAUUAGCAGUAAUUCAAGAACCAGAAGUAUGUAAUUUGCCUCUUGUAGGCCAUGAGUCCAUUUCAUUACAAGAUGAUAUCAAGGCGUCAUCUCCUUUGCCAAGUUCCCCAUCACCUGACUUGUUGGCGAAAUCAAUUUUGCCUGAAUCCGAGUCGUUAGUUCAGGAACAUUUGGAGUCUGUGAUGUCACCAGAGCCGGAAAAUGAAAGAAUUGAGUCAGAAAUAAAAUCUGAACUUGAGAUAGAAUCGUUGAAAGAGGAAGCCUUGUCUUCAGAAUUGGAAGUUAUAUCACCUGAUUUAAAAGUGGAAUCUCCACAAUCGCACGAUUUAGCAUCCGAAAUGUCGGAUUUAGAUAAGCUGUCUGAUGCUAAAUCGCCAACAUCAGAAUUGGAAACAAAGUUGACAGAACCUUGUGAAUUGCCAAAAUCUCCCGAACCGGAAAUUUGCCAGGUUGCAAAAUCUCCUGUACCAAACUUAGCAAAAACGCCUGAACCAGAAUUAGAUCAAUUGUCAAAAUUAACGGAAUCACUUGAGUGUGAAAUACCAUCAAACGGUAAUUUAUCAAUCAUUCCCGUAAAAGAGUCUUCUACAGAAGACAUCACGUCCUCUGUAAAAGAUGAAGCCUUAUCACCGGUUUUGACCACCUCACCACUAGAGGCUGAAGAAACGAAAUUGUCCAAACAGCUUGAUACCGAAUCAGUGGCUACUAAUGAUAUAAAUUCUUUCCUUAAUAGAAGUGGUCUUUCUGAAGUAGCAUCUCCUCUAAGUCCUGAAUCUGAAAUCAUCACAUCUCACUAUAUUCAACCUGAGUUUGCAGAAAAAGCAAUCAUGCCUUCAUCUGAGGAAACUAAAACAGAGCCAAUUAUUGAAGAAGUGCCAAAAGAAGCUCCAAAAGGCGAAGAAGUAAAGGAAGAAAUUACAGAAAAAGAAGAUAAACAGGAGAAAGAAGAAAAGACUACUGGUGAUGCAGGAAUUGUAAGUGUUGUUGGUAUCGGCGUUGCUGCAGCUGCGGUCGCAUUGGCAACUAAGAAGGAUAGUCCUGUAGCAAAGAAAGCUUCAGCUAAGACUACUACCAAAACUACCCCAGCAAAAGCACCCUUAAAAAGCACAAGUGCUAGUAAACCAACAAAACCAUUGGCAACACCACCAUCAAAAUCUUCACCAACAACUAGACAAACGCCUUCUAAACUGCAUUCUGUAACUCCCAAAACGCCUACAUCUGUUUCAGCUGCAAAAAGUAUUCCUGGGACAAAAUCGCCAGCUGCAACUAGUAGACCUAAAUCUGCCACUACCACCCCAACUUUGAAAUCUUUAGCUGAUAAGAAACCUGUUACAAAUGGCGAAUGUAAAAAACCUCUAAGCGCUACUUCUCCAGAAAAGAAGUCUACAAUAACUGCAUCCACAAGGUCGGCACCUAAAGUAACUCUUAAAAACGCCGUCGCUUCUACAAAAGCUACUGGUAUUUCUAAGACAACAACUGCGAGUGCUACAAAAUCUGUUGCUGGAGCUCCUAAGUCGGCAGUUCCUAAAACUACCGCAGCAAAUAUGGCAGCGAAAACCACUACAAAGACUUUGAGCUCUACCAGAACUACCACAUCAACUACAGCCACUUCGGUGUCAAAAACAAGUGCAACAACUGCUAAGAGCACUGUGUCUUCAAAAACAUCGUCAACGUUAGCAGCUACAAAGCCUAAACCUACAACCACAGUUCCUAGUCGCGCCAAACCUCCAAUUACUAAAACAGUAACAAAAAGCAGUCCAGAUACUGAGAAACAACUUAAAGAAACUGCAAACAAGAAAAUUACUGCAGCAGCAGCUCGUGUCACUACCAUAAAGAAGACCACAGCACAUACCAUACAAAAAACGGACACAAAGGGCCCUGUCACCAAACCUCACGUAACGAAAACCACGACCAUGAAAUCGACAGUGGGAAAGAAACCCACCGAAGUAAUUCAUAACGUAAGUAAUAAAUUAAAAAUGACCACAACAGCCGCGAAAUCUCCAAAAAUCGAACAGAAUGGUAUAGUAAGCGAAGUUCAAGAGAUAACAACCAUCAACGUUUCGUCUAAUAGCAGUGAACCGCAAUUGAUUAAAGACUUAUCUCCCAUUAACGAUAAUGCACAAUUACUCGACAAUGCUAAGCUUUUGGAGGCAACGGAGAAUUAAAAGCAAAAAAAAAAUAAAAAAAAAUAAAAAAA